CUGCACAAAAUUAUUCCUUCGAACAUUGAUUUUUGGAGAAUCCUGCUGUGACCACCUACCAGUUAAUGUUUUAUUCGAAGUCCUCAGCGCAUGCAAUUAGGAUGAUUGGGAUUAUGAAUUGCCCUUUGGGCAUCGUAUCAAAUAAUCAAGUAGUUGAUCCACUUUUCAUCAUCAUCUCCUCAGGAAAACAAGUGAGGACAAAACUUGCCCAAGCAUUCAACCACUGGCUUAAUGUACCAGAGGACAAAUUACAGGUGAUCAUUGAAGUGACUGAGAUGCUGCACAAUGCUAGCUUGCUCAUAGACGACAUCGAGGACAACUCCAAUCUGCGGCGUGGCUUCCCUGUGGCCCACAGCAUCUACGGUGUUCCCUCAGUCAUCAACUCUGCCAAUUAUGUCUACUUCCUGGGUUUGGAGAAGGUAUUGACACUGGACAACCCCGAAGCCGUGCGUGUGUUUACCCGGCAGCUGCUGGAGCUGCACCGUGGCCAGGGCCUGGACAUCUACUGGAGGGACACAUAUACCUGUCCCACGGAGCAGGAGUAUCGCAACAUGGUGCUGCAGAAAACCGGGGGUCUCUUUGGGCUGGCUGUGGGACUGAUGCAGCUCUUUUCUGAUUGGAAGCAAGACCUGAAGCCCCUCCUGGACACGUUGGGCCUCUUCUUUCAAAUCCGCGACGACUAUGCCAAUCUGAGCUCACGCGAGUACAGUGAGAACAAGAGCUUCUGCGAGGACCUGACAGAGGGCAAGUUCUCAUUCCCCACUAUCCAUGCCAUUUGGUCACGUCCUGAGAGCACUCAGGUGCAGAACAUCCUCAGACAGCGAACUCAGAACUUGGACAUCAAGCGCUACUGCGUGGACUACCUGGAAAAGGCCUGACUGACAAGAUGAGACCGAACUACACCAUCAUGAAGAACCUGAGUGUGCACACCAAACUGGUCCCAGAACAGAGAGCAGGACUCCUUCUCAGAUUUUCUCCAAACUCAACACAGGUCACAGACAUCAGUUCACUAAGUCAUUAAAAAAGUCUGGAAGUAUUUAGGGGGCUUGUAAACAUUGAGAAACAGGACACUGGAUAAGGUCCUCAAUUGUACAGCCAUGUGUUCAAAAGACUGAAAACUUCUGGGAAAUAACUUUUGGCAUUGAAAUAAUUCAUUUAAUAAGACUGCGACCCGUCUCCUAUCGUUUUCACUCUAGCCUAACUGAUAAAAGUAUAACCAGGAGGAGUUAACUCAAUUAGUGCAGCUGUUUCAAUUAAAAAAAAAUAAAAUCUAGGGUCUGCUCAGUGAUUAGAAAUGUUUUCCCAACUAAAGACUUGACAUUUAAUAAAGCCAACUUAAAUGUUAGGUUUCGAGGUUUUGUGUGCCCCCUGUGUUUGUUAGCAGUCUUUGGCACACAAGGUAUGUUUACUUUAUUUAAAGAUGUGUUAAGAGUACAGCUCUGUGUUUUGACUGGGUCACAGUUCUCCUUCUGUCAUCGAAAUCUACCGAAAUUUUAAAACAUUUAAUGAACAGGGUCUCAUUUUGUCCUCGGAAAAGUGACGACUCCUGUAAUCCUCACAGCCCCGACCCUCUACUCAUCACGUCAGACUGGGGAGACAGAACAAGAUGGCGGUAUCGAGGUGGUGACGGAGCUCAGUGGCAAAACUUUGCGGGGGGGGGUCUAUUAGGGACGGAAAGCCAUUUGGCUGGGGGCUAAAUCUGAGCCUAGUGUUGACCUGCUCCAUAAUCUCCUCCCUAAAUUUCAGGUGAGGGGAGAAAUGAGAAUGAGGGGGGGGCAAUGACCUGUCAGGGGAUUGGGGGGCUCGGGAAGCUUCUUUCCCCUCAUGGCUUUUUCCUCUCCGAAGUACUUCUCGAAUGACAGCAGAUUGAGUUCCUCUGCAAGGUUUCUGAUGGGCUUUGUUUGGUCCUCUCUGUGAGAUAACUCGUUGUUUAUCCCACCCGUGGCACUGAGAACAGAUAGAUAACGUAGGAAAUAAAAUAUGUUGAAGGUAAGCAGUUUCACCCCUGACUUGUUCAAAUAAAAUCCAUUUGCCUUAAAAAGAGACCUAUGUUCCAAAAAAGAUGUAAAAAUGAUUAAUAAAAUGCUCUGAAUGUUCAGCACAUGCCGAUAAAAGCCAUUUAUUCAGUGCCAACAACCUACUGAAUCUUUCCUCCUCUGACAGGUGGUACUGGUCCACUGAUGAGUACAGCUGCAUUCAGCGAGCUCACUGUGUUUAAUUGUCCAAUAAAGGCUCGCUUUAAAACCUCAGAUUGUUUCUUGAACAUAUCUUUUGGCUCUGUAUGCAGAACAAUGUUUUUCGCAAUAAGAUAUUCAUCUGCAAUUUGAAGAAUUCUCUCAUCCAGAUCAUGUUCUGAGGAAAACAGAGAACUUCGGUGUUCUUACUGCACAUCCUUUGUAUUUCAUUUAUAGCGCAGUCACCCACAAUCAGCAUUUCAGUCCCAGCCUUUGGCUUUCCUGUGGCCUUUUACAUUUUGUUUUUGGUCCUUGCCUUGGAUGGUGAGCCUAUCAAGAUCCAGAAUCCUUCGAUUGUGGAGCAAAUCUCUUCUGCAUUUUUACUUUUGGUUGUUUUGGACGUUUGUUGUUAAGCUUCCCAUUCGUGGUGGUCCAGUCCUGUUUCCUCCCAUGUACAGGGGUAAAAGAGCACCUCUGUCUCGUAGGAAGUGAAGGCCAAUUGUAUUGCCAUAGUUCAGCUUGCUGUGCCUGCCCUGUGAUUCGUCCUCCCACGUCCAGGAGACAUGAUUUACUUUUAGCUUUUUUACCAAGACAAGUCCAGAGAGGAUUCUCACUUGAUGUAUUACUCCAGUACAAUGCAGUCUGCUUUCUUGGUCACAUUAUCUGUGGUCCUCAGCUGUGUGUUAGCAUGCUCAUCUCCACUGUUUUAAGUGAAUGUUUGUUUAACACAGUUCAUUUACCUCCCCAUUCACUUCUGAGCAAUACAUUUUAGUCUCCACUACUGCAAACUUCUGCAAGAGGGUGUAAUAAUCCGCUCCUCCUCAGCCACUUCAGGGGAACUCCACGCAAAGUUGGUAGCAGUCCCAGUUGUGGCCGUACACCUCGUCCUCUGGGUCCCUUGGGUCCUUGAACCGCACAAAGGCAAAUGGUGAUCUCCCUCGUCGAUUUUUCAGUUCUAUGUCAUGGGUGGAGCUGUACUUGUAGAAUACGUCUUUGACGCCCUUGGGGCGGCUGUUGGGCAUUAUGUUGCCAACGUAGAUGCGGCAGUUGUUGCUCCUCGCUAGUCCCCCAAUAAUGCCUCCACUAAAUAUGCUAGCUAGCGCACAAUGCUCCAUGGCACCAUCGACUCAAGAAACAUUCUUCUUUUCCUUUCGGCUUGUCCAGUUUGUGUCAUCUGGUAUGGUGUCAUCUCAUUUUUUUUUUACACCGGAUGCCCUUCCUGACGCAACCCCUCUGCAUUUUAGUCAGGGAGAGAAGUUUACAGAACCUAGUAUUCCCAGGCGGUCUCCCAUCCAAGUACGAACCACAUCUGAUGAGAUUGGGCGUUCUCAAUGUAGCACGGCUGUAAGCUUAUCAAACAUUAAAGCCUGCAAAUGUUUCGUCUUAAUUCAAUUGUAGACCACUCUGCACCUAGGAGUUAGCACAUAUGCCUCAGUUCUGAGGUCCUGAGUAUGAAUCUCAGUAUCCAGGCACUCCUCUUCAUCUUAAUUUUAAAUCCCAAAAACAUACAUCCAGCAGUGUUCCAUUAUUCACUAGGGUCAUGGUCGUGCUGGAUCCCAUCUCCACUAUAUUUGGGCGAGAGGCGGGUAGACCCUGAACUGGUUGGCAGCCAUUCUCCGGGCACACAAACAACCAUUCGCACUUAUAAACAAUAUAUUUAUUUGAUUUUUCAUAUAUAAUAUUACGAAAACAACACAAUAACAGUAAAACAAAAAAAAACAGUAUGCACAGACAUAAUAGUAUUAGAAAAAAAAGAUCACAAAUAAUUCACAUUUUUUUUUCAAAAACUCUUCUAAGGGUCUCCAUAUGUCCUCAAAUUCCUGAGCUCUUCCUCUCAUGAUAUACAUGAGUCUUUCCAGUGCAACACAAGAUGCUAUUUCCAACAUUCAUACUUUUAUUGAAGGAACGUCCACUUUUUCCCAAAUUAAUGCAAUUGUUCUCCUGGCCUGCAGGAGACCAAAAUCUAUAAGCGUCGCCUUCUUUUUAUUAACAGCAAAAUCCUUGGGAUAUAUACCUAAAAUACGCAGUGUUGCGCAAUGAGGAACCUGAAUUCCAACUAUUAUAGAAAUUGUCUGAACAAUAGAUUUCCAAUAAUGUUUGACUUGAUAUAAAGUACCCUUGUCAUUAGAGCACUUACUACACGUCUCUGGAAUGUCAGGGGUCCACUGAUGACAUUUAACAGGAGUCACAUAAGUCCUCAUCAGCCAUUUCUAUUGUAAUAGCCUCAUUCUAGUAUUUAUUGUUUGUAUUUGUGCUUUAAGGCAUGCAUGUUCCCAAUCAAUUACUUCAAUAUUUUUUAUUUAAUAUCUAGUUUCCAUGCCUCCAAUCUAUUUUUACUUGAUUCUGUAUCAUGUGAGACUAGAGAUUUAUAGAACAUAGAUAUCUGCUUACAUCCAUGCAAACCUGACUGGACAAUAUCUUCUAAACUGGACAAAGGGGGUUCAUACAUUGUUUUUGAUUUGUGGUGACAAAAUGUUUUAACUGCAGAUAUUUGAAAAAAUGCUUAUUGGGAAUAGAAAAUGUUUGACAUUUUUGAAUGAAUGUAAGCAUUUAACCAUUUGCUGAAAGGUCACCUAUUGAUUUUAUACCAUUAUUUGCCCAUAAUUUAAAACCCCCAUCUGCUCCUCCAGCUUUCAAAGUCCCAUUACCCCAUAUGGGAGAGAAGCGUGAAAGUAAAGGAGUGUCCCUUAUAUGUUUGUGUUAUUCAAACCAGAUAUCUAUAGUAUUUUUCAAAAAUGGAUUCUCGGUUGGUGCCGUUUUAAUACUCUAUCCUCAGCAGAAUAUAAAUGAUACUUUAAUAGAAGGUGUGGUACUCUUGCUUGCUCUAUUUUUACCUAAGAGGGGGAUGGUGAUGUUGAAAAAUAAUACAUAGCUGAGCGUAGUUGAGCAGACCAGUAAUACCAUUUAAAGUUUGGAAAUUGUAACCCUCCAGUUUCAUAAGGCUGUAAAGCAACUGUAGUCUUAAUAUGGCUUUCUUAUUAUUCCAAAUAAAAUUGAGGAGCAUUCUGUUGAGGCUAGUGAAAAAGAUGUCAGGUAAUUGCAGAGGUAUGGUUUGAAAAAAAAUUUGAAAAUUUCGGCAAAAUGCUCAUUUUAACUGUUUAUACGUCCCAACAUUGAAAUUGGCAUAAUCAUCCACCUUUCUAGUAACUGUUGUACCUCCAAGAUUAAAGGGUCAUAAUUAACCUGGACGAAAUUUUGACCCCCAAAUAAGUAAAUCCAUCUCUCGCGUUCAAAAAAGGAGUGUUAACCACAGGAUUAAGUCUCUCUUCAGUACUUAAAAAUAAAAUGGAUGACUUUGUAUCAUUAAUCACAUAACCUGAGAAACUACCAAAGUUUUUAAUUUGCUCCAAUAAAUUUGGAAGGCUCGUGGAUAACUUAGUCAAAAAGAGAAUGACGUCAUCAGCAUAAAGAGAGAUUCUGUGAUCUUGAUCACCAAUUUGGAUGCCCGUCAAGCCUCUACCCAUACGAAUCGACAUGGCCAGGGGUUCUAAGGCUAAAAUGAACAACAUUGGGGAAAGAGGACAGGCCUGGCGUGUGGAUCUUUCCAAAACAAUUGGUUUAGAAGAAAUACUGUUAGUGAUAAUACUAGCAGUAGGGUUUGUAUAUAAAAUUUUUAACCAUUUAAGAAAAUUAUUGCCAAAUCCAAACCGCGGUAGAACAUUAAAUAAAAAUGACCAUUCAAUUCCGUCAAAGGCCUGACGUGCAUCCAACGACAGCAGUGUUGUGUCUUUACACUCUGCCUUUUCAUGUGAUAUAUUCAAAACUCUUUGGAUAUUGUGAAAUCCUUGAGGUUUUUUAACAAAACCGUUUUGAUCAUUAUGUAUUAAACUAGGUAUUUACUGAUCCAAUCGUAUUGCCAGGGCUUUGCAAAGUAUUUUUGUAUCUCAUCCCAUCAAGCUUAUUGGUCAAUACGAGGAACAUUCUGUGGAAGGCUUAUUAGGUUUGAGGAUCAGGGUA